AGCCCUGUCUCCUCCUCCCCUCUUCCUGCCAGCCCACAGCUGGGAGAGUACAGACCUGGGAGCAAUGGAACCAUUGAGCUCCUAACCAUGGGGAAUUUGGGGAAUUACAGACCUGAGGGGAUUUGAACCACCUAUAUCCAAGUCAUGGGCAUUCGGUGUUGUAAGGAUGGCCAGUUUUGUGAAAUCGUAAUAGAAGAGAUUGAUGAAACCACAUUGCUGAAAGAGAAAGAGAAGAAAAAGAAAAAGAAAACAGAGCCUCCAUCCACACCUCCAACUCCAACUCCACCCCCUCCGCCUAGGAAAAAGAAGCUCCCUGACCGAGAGCGGAAAGCCAUAAAGAUCCAGGCCUGGUGGCGGGGCACUCUGGUGCGCAGGACAUUACUGCACGCAGCACUCAGAGCGUGUAUGAUUCAGCACUGGUGGAAGGUGAUGCUGGCAAAGCUGCUGGAGAAGAGAAAACGAGCAGCCCUAGAGUCCUUCUCGCGGCAAGAAUGGGCAGUGGUCAAGCUGCAGUCCUUGGUCCGCAUGUGGCUCACUCGCCAGCGAUACUGCCGGUUGCUCCACGCGGUCCGCAUCAUCCAGGUGUAUUGGCGCUGGCAUAAUUGCCACACCCGUGGCUUUUUCCAUGGCAGCUAUGACCUCACGGCAACCCAUCUGGGACUUGAACUUGAGAUCUUUCUGGGGUCACAGAUAUGUCGGAUUACAGACUGCAUCCCCUUCCCAAUAAAGAACUGAUCAGGUCUGCUCCAA